ACUACUUGAAGUUUUGGAUAACCUCAAUCAAGACAUUUGGAGGCAAAGAGGCACCACUGUUUCUUGUUGUCACACACACAGAGAAAAAAUCUAAAGAAGAAAUAAAAAAGUAUCUUAGGGAGUUCUGGAAUGCUGUACCAGACGAGGACAGAGAUUGCUUAAGUGAGUCUCUGAAUGAUCGGGAAUAUGCAGUAGGUCUAAAGGAACUUAAUGAUGAUACCAAGGAAAUGCUGGAAUCAAUGAAAAAGUCCAUAGUGGAACUAUUUACAGAUGAGAACAAUACAAAAGUUCAAUUGCCUUCUUCGUGGGCUCUAAUGGAGCAAUUAUUAUAUGAAGGAGACUGGAAGGUUUUGACCCUGAGUGAAAUCUGGAAGCUCAACUCAUCUCUUCCCCAUGAAUACCAAAUCAAAAGUGAUGAAGAAAUGUCAAAAUUUUUAAAAUGUUUUCAUGACAGUGGCCUUCUUUUGAAUUUUGAAGAAGUGGAAUUGAGGGAAUAUGUAAUACUAGACAUUCAGUGGUUUGCUAAUGCUUUCAGUAAAAUAAUUGCUGAUGAAAACCACAUCAAUAAAGAUUGUCAAACAAAAUUAAUCAAAGAGUGGAAAUCCUUCAACAAAACAGGGGAACUCAAAGAAACAGUAAUAGAUGCUUUGUGGAAAGAUGAACCCUCUUACUUGAAACAUAAAAAUGAAAUUAUGCCAUACAUGGAGAAACUUCAAAUGCUGGUACAUUUGAAUGCAUUUGAGGCUGUAUCAGUAGGUAGCUUGUCAUGGUAUGUCCCGUGUAUGAACAAAAAGCAGUUUAAAGCUGACUUCAGUGAAGAUAUAUGGGAAUGCUCCUCCAUUUUGUGCUAUCGAUUCACAUCUUUUGCCAUUUUUGUGUUCUACAGACUAGUAGCAUAUUGCAUGGGGUUUUUAAGAUGGAAUGUUUCAAAUGAUGGAGAUCAUGAAGGAAGUCUAUGUCUUUAUCAAACGGCGGCAGUGUUUGAUCACAAUGAACACACUGUUGUUGUUGGUAUAUGUAAUGAUGAUAUUCAGUUGCAGGUGUUGAGAAUCAAACCAUUGACUGUAGAGAAAGGUGUAUCAAAUGAAAUUGGAAACUCCAUUGAUAAAGGAAUAGAAAAAUUGACAGAAACAUUUAUUGGCACAAAUAUAUUCCUCAGAGGAUUCAAAUGUCAAAACAUUAUUUGUAAUGAGAAAGAUCUAUCUUUUACCGUUUCAAGUGAGCUGUCCAAAAUCAAGGCUAAAGAAAUUCAGUGCAAGUGUCAACUUCAGCAGAAACAUGUGAUAAAUGUACAGACGACACAGGGAUUCUGGGAAAAGUACGAGGGUUGA